AUGACCCACAGCACUGUGGCGAUCCCAGACACAGGCUUGGUCACUGGGCUGUGGAACACACAGAGGCCCCUUGCUCCAGAACACGCACCGCUCGACAAGAGCACGGACACAUAAGUCGGGGCGACGUGGGUGCCUCACAGAAGGGGGAAAAAGCCAGGAGGGCGGCACGUGGGCGCAAAGUUCUCACCUUCGUUAGUCAUCAAGAACACGCAAACUAAAACCAAGGUAAGUGUGAGGAUUACUACUGAGUUUCAACUUGACUGGACUAAAGGAUGUGUAACUGUUCCUGGGAGUGUCUUGAGGAAGCUGCCAAAGGAGAUUCACAUUGAGUCAGUGGACAGGGAGAGGCCGACCCACCCUCCAUGUGGGGGGGCACCGUCUCGUCAGCCGCCAGAGUCAGUGGACGGG